AUGUCGUGUCAAGAAAUAAUGGGAAAAUCAUCAGGAUCGAAAUCGCUACAUCAUUGUCAACAUCAACUAACAGCAGAGUUACAACAAUAUCGGCUAGUACUGUUCGAACAUCGACUACGAAUAGUAACACUAGCACAAGUUCAAAUUCAUCUAGUACAUUCUUCAUGUCAGUCAUUAACUUAUAGUUCAUAUAAAUCAUAUUCAACUGGAAAUAAACCAUGGUCAAUUAGUAUUGCCGAUUUAGAUAAUGAUAAUAAGAAUGAUAUAAUCGUUCUUAAUGCAAAUGAUGCAAAUCUUGGAAUAUAUUAUAAUCAAGGAAAUGGUACAUUUCAAACACCGAUAAUGUUUCAAACUGGUAGUUAUCCUGUAUUUGUCGGAAGUGCUGAUUUAAAUAAUGAUAAUAAUUUAGAUUUAAUCGUAGCUCAGGCUGGAAAUAAUAGUAUUGGUUUAUUUUUUGGUCUUGGUAAUAAAAGUUUUAGCUCACGUAUAAAUAUUCCAGUUGGUUCAUAUCCAUAUGGAUUUGGUAUUGGUGAUUUCAAUAAGGAUGGUAAUUUAGAUAUUGUCGCUGUUAAUGAUUAUGACAAUACUGCCAGUGUUUUAUUAGGAUACGGUAAUAGAAGUUUUAAAAGUACCAGCACUUUAUCAACAGGUAGUUAUGUAACAGCAGUAGCAGUUGCUGACUUCAAUGGUGAUAGUUAUUCAGAUUUUGUUGCUACUGAUUAUUCUAGUAAUACAGUAAGUUUAUUUAUUAAUUAUGGCAAUGGAAGUUUUCAACAACGUACAGCUUAUCGAACAGGAACUUCUCCAUGGGGAAUAGCUGUUGCAGAUUUUAAUCACGAUAACUACAUGGAUGUUGUUGCUGUUAACUAUGAUAGUAAUACAAUGAGUAUUUUAGUAGGAAAUGGAAAUGGAACACUUCAAUCACAAAAAUCCUAUGCAACUGGACAAAAUCCGAUGUCUGUAGCUGUCGCUGAUUUAAAUAAUGAUACGCAUAUAGAUAUUGUUGUUGCUAACUACAAUAAUAAUUACUUAAGUGUUUUUCACGGGUAUGGUAAUGGUAGUUUUACAACAGCUACAAGUUUAACAACAGAUUGGUAUGUAACAGCAGUAGCUAUUGCUGAUUUAAAUGGUGACGGUCGAUUAGAUCUAGCCGCAACUACUAAUUACCUUGCAACUUUAAAUAUACUUUUCAACAUAUGUUGA